AUGACUCACACACCCUCUUAUCGUGAAUUACAAAGAAUCUUCGAAUUAGAAGCUCAAGCAAUCGAAUACUUACAAGGAAAAGAAGUACUACCUAAACAAAUGAAAUGCUCAAAGUGCAACCAAAAUAUGACUCUUAAUGAUACCGUAUUCAACUGUGUAAAACGCGCGUGUAGAAAAAGAAUGUCAAUAUUUACAAACACAGUAUUCUAUGGCGUGAAUACGCCAUGUAAUCAUAUCUUUAAGGAAUUAGUCAGCUUUAAUCUUGAAGAAGAACACCAACAAAUAGGUGGACAAGAUAUCAUUGUAGAAAUAGACAAAUCAAAGUUUGGAACACGUAAGACAUGGAUAUACAAUGAAGAGAUAAAUGAAUUUAAAAUGAAAUUAAACUAUAUAUGGGUAUUUGGAGGUGUAGAACGAACGCCCCAACAAAAGAUGUUUGCAAUGAUUGUAGAAGAUAGAUCAGCAGAUAAACUGCUGAAACAAAUAGAUAAACACAUACAUCCUGAAUCAGUAAUCUAUUCGGACAUAUGGAAAGGUUACCAAAAUAUUUACUCAUGGCUAGGAAUACAACACCACGCCGUAAAUCACAGCCAAGGCUUUACAAUGAAAGAUACAAAUCCUGUGACAGAAGAAAUUCAAGUGUAUCACACAAACACUAUUGUAGCACACUGGCAAGUGAUCAAGUCAAAGAUUCCACCAAGAGAACGCUGUUACCUUUUUACAGAAUUAUUAACAGCUAAAAUCAGUGACCCAACAGGUAACACUGAUAUUAUUGAAGAAAUAGAAACAGAUGACAAUGAUCAAACAGAAGUCAUUGAAGAAUAA